CCCGGCCGGGGCGGCGGUUGGUUUCUCCUGUCAGCGGAGGCAGGGCCAGGCGAAGCGAGGGUGGGCGCGGAGUUGGCGGCGGGGUCGCGGGCAGGCGGUGGCUUCGGCUGCGGCUCCUCCUCGUUCCGGCGGAGUUUGCUCAGGACGCGGGGCGGGAGGUCCCGCUGCGGGCAGCGGAGCGGAGCCAGCCCCGGAGGGAGCGGAAGCGCCUGCCCCGGCAGAAGGGGCUGCCCAGCAGCCGGCAGCGUCCCGGAGGGAGCCGCCGUCCCCCGCCUCGCCCCGCCGCCCGGAGCCGAAGGCGCCCGGAGGAGAAAGUUUCGUGCCGGGCCGGGCGCGAUGCCGGGUUGCGGCGCGCCCUGCCUGGGGCUGCUGCUGCUGCUGCGCGUCCUGCUGCUGGGCUGCGGUUGGGCGCAGCAGCCGCCCGACAGCUGCCAGACCUUCUGCGACUGCUUGGAGGCGGCCAAGACGGUGAAGUGCGUGGACGGGAACCUGACGGCGGUGCCCCCCGACCUGCCGCCCUACGUCCGCACCCUCUUCAUCACCGGCAACCGCCUGGCCCGCCUGCCGGCCGGCGCCUUCCCCGCCCAGCGCCUGCCCGACCUCAGCGCCCUCAACCUCAGCGGCAACCACCUGCGGGCCGUGGAGGCCGGCGCUCUGGCCGCCCUGCCCGCCCUGCGGCAGCUGGACCUCAGCGGCAACCCCCUGGUCUCCCUCAGCCCGCUGGCCUUCGGGGAAGGCAGCAGCCCGCUGGAGGAACUGGCCCUGCGCGGGGCCCUGCGCAACCAUGGCGUCCUCCUCAGCCUGGCCGCCGUGCUGCAGUCCGGUGCCCUGCGCAACCUCAGCCGUCUGGAGCUGGCCGACAACGGGCUGCUGCUGCUGCCCGCCGGCAUGUUCACCGCCCUGCCCGCCCUGCAGCAGCUGGACCUCAGCAACAACUCCCUGGUGGGCCUGCGAAACGUCUCCUUCCAAGGGCUGGGCCAGCUGCAGAGCCUGGACCUCAGCGACAACUCACUGGGCGUGCUGAGGAACGGCACCCUGGCCCAGUUCCGCAGCCUGCCCGCCCUCCGGCACAUCGGCCUGGGCCGCAACGCCUGGGUCUGCGACUGCGCCAUCGAGGACCUGGUGGCCUGGCUCAAGGAGAGCGACCAGGUGGAGGGCAAAGAAGCCCUGACCUGCGCCUACCCCGACAAGAUGCUGGGCAAAGCCCUGCUGAAGAUCAACAGCUCAGACCUGAACUGCUCCGUGCCUGUAGACCUGCCUUCCCAGCUACAGACUUCGUAUGUCUUCCUAGGGAUAGUCUUGGCUCUCAUCGGGGCCAUUUUCCUCCUGGUUUUGUACUUGAACCGAAAAGGAAUCAAAAAGUGGAUGCACAACAUCAGAGAUGCCUGUAGGGAUCACAUGGAGGGCUACCACUACAGAUACGAGAUCAAUGCAGACCCCAGGUUAACAAACCUCAGCUCCAACUCGGACGUCUGACGAAGUGCCGCAGACACAGGGGCAGCGCACACAGUAGCUAUGCAUGAAAAGUAGACUUAAUGCUUUACUCUCGUGCUUGCAUCCCUCUCCCCGGAGAAAUCUCAGAUGUGCUUGUAACAAGAGGGGGAUCUGCCUCCCCCUGACGUCAAGUUUGAUUUUGUUUUGAGAUACUGGGCAGCUGCGCAUGGCGUUGGGCUGUAUGUAGGAAACAAGCUGCUACUUCUUUUUCUCCUUACCUGUCUGUACUUGUAGGAAUUAUUUUUUUUCAAGAUCUCAAAAGAAAAAAAGGAUUCUCUCUGGUGCUCCAAAGCCACCAGAGUUUAUAACAAAAAAAAAAAUUUACUGAUUCAGACACCAUUCAACAAAAGCUGCCUCAACUUUUUUGGGAAAAAAAUGUUAUGUUCCUCUGUGCCAAUUUUGAUCUUGUAUAUCUUGAAUUGUGAUGACAAGGAUUCCAUUUCACAGACUACCUUGAGAUUUAGAAAAACAAAGAAACUCGUUUUAACAACUCCUCUGUUACAAAGAAGGAAAUCGAAUAGUGAGCAUGCACAAAUACUUUAUAGUUUUACAUGUUAGGAAACUUAUGAUCUCAGUAAGUCUCUUACUAUUUUGUAAAGUUAUUUUUUUGAUUGCAGUUUACGUGAAAAGAGAGAGUUUUUUAUACAAACUGCAUCUAAACUCCAUCUGAACUGUUAUAUUCAAUAAACAGUCUUACAAGAACUGUGGUCUUGAAGUUUGCUGUUCAAUGAGAAAUGUACGGACAUCUAAGAAUGUGGAUAGCUUUACAGUCUCUGAAGUAAUAGCACUGCAGUAGUAAUCUGAAUCAAGUUUUACACAAAUGUGUACCUUAGAGACAGAAAUGUUCGACAAUUUUGUGAAAUAUGCUAUCAGAAUUACACCGAUCUCAACGAUGAGAGCAGUUUCACUUGGCACAACCCCCCGGUCUGCUCUCAAAACAACUGCAAAACGUCAAGACAGAUGCUAGGGUCCACCUUGCUGGGAAGGUACAAGCCGAUAGAAUUUACAUAAGGUCUUCUGUACCAAAUUUAAAAAUAAAUAAAUCAUUCAAAUUAAGUUGUGGAGUUUGUAAACUGAACUAAAUUAGAUGCAGCUCAGUCGUGUAGUCAGUGAGCUUCAGGCUUGUAAAUCAAUGCAGCACUUACUAAAUUAAGUACUUAACUGUUUCAUUUUAAGCUCUCGGUACUCGUGAAGCUCUGUAGUGACCUACAUCAAGUAACUUGUUGGAACUUUACAUUUAUCUUAAAGCUUAUAACAGGUGCAUUUCAGUAUUGUAUGUUAUUCAUGCUUAUUACUUGCUUGGGAAUGCAUAUUCUUGUAAAUAGAUAAAGCAUGCGAAGAAAAACUUCAAAAACGCAUAAUUUAAUAUGCAACUCUGAUGGCAUAUGAAAAGAUUAGCAAGAACCUUCCAAUGGCCACCAAUAAUUAAUGCACUUUUUCUAAUCCAUUUAUAGAGUCUUAAUGAAAAAAAAAUACACCAACUGUAAAAGCCUGAUGUGAAUUGGUACCUAUCAGUACAUCUAUGGAGCUUUUUCUAUGGUCACUGUUACUUGAAGUUCUUGAGCAUCUCUAAAAUGUUAUGAAUUACUGGCUAAUUCCCUUUGCUUUCAAAAGUGACAGUUUUCUCAUAGAUAUACGUCUUUGGUAAGAGCUUAUAAAUAUAAAAUAUUCCUUAAAGUAUCAGAAGAAAUAUAAUCUAUUUUGGGCGCCAGUAUUAUUCAAAUGCAUUUUUCUGUCUUUGCAACUUCAGGCAAAGCAAGUAGCACAAGUCGGUUCAGACUAAUUUUCUAUUGCUUUAAAUUUGCAUUAUUUAAUAGCAGUGAUUUUUUUAAUGUAGUUUUGUACAUUUGCCCUCACAAUAAUAUGAAGUUCAAGUAAUGUUUUGAUAAAUCGGUGUAUUUUACAAUUAAUAUAAAUUAAGUGGUAGACUACUUCUGCUGCUGUAACUAAAUGUGUGAGCAAUAUCUGGUUAACAGCAUAUGAAUUAAGUUCGUGGAUUCUUAAAAAGCAAACUGCUGGCCUGAAUGUUAGCUGCCCAUAUUUUAAGAAUAGUGUAAAAUCCCCCAUGUCAAUAGCUAUUACCGUGCAACUAUGCAAACUCUUCAUACUUGGUAUACAUGAGACAGUUUAUGUAAAAAGCUAGAAUUUACAAUAGCUAUGCAGUGUGCUUUAUUGUAUUGGUCAUUUCGGAGAUUAUCAACUUAACACUUAUUUGUAGAGUGCCAAGAGGAGUAGGGUGUCGUCCUUGCUUAAGAUGGUCCUGUGGUAUAAUAGCUAAAAUAUGUACAAACCAAGCCAUUUCUUGGGCAAUUUCUUGGGGUUUGUUAACAGAUACUUCAAAGCAACUACAGUAAAAGCAAUUAUCCGUAAUGUGUUAAUGUAACAGCCAUGCAUUUAUAGAACUGUGUAAGGACGGCAAUGAUUUGAAUCGCAGUCUCUCACCAAUGGACUGAGUAUUUGUAUAGUGAGCAAGUGUAACUGUUGUAUUACACCUAUUAUUCUAAAGAUUAUUAUUAUUUUUGUAUCAUAGAAAAUCAUUGUAAUAGAAUUUUAUUAGAGACCUGGUGACGGCUACUUUAAAGUAAUUUUUGCCAUUUGCUUAUGUGUGUAUUUAUUAGGAUGUAACAGUUAGCAUGUGUCAGUAUUGUGUUGGAUAAUGUUCUCCUGCCGUGUUUGACCAACAGGGAAUGCCUUGCUGUUUUGUACAAUGCAUUUGAUCUUAAAUCCCCCUUCAUAAACAGUGCUUGAAAUCUGCUUUCCUUUCCUAUUGCAAAACAGUUACAGUGGUACUCAGAAGGCAUUUAAAAAGUAGCUCCCAAAGUGCUUCAGAACUUGGUUAAAAAGUAUACAUUUGAAAUACCAUUAGUUUAAGGGUUCUUGCUGAAGCACAUUUUAUAAUCUUGCUCUGCUUUGACACCUGAAAUUUCAAUUGGUUACCAUUUCUAGAGCAGCUUAAUUAGUAAGGCUGUUUUAUUCAUUCAUUCUUCAAUAAAACACGUGCAGUACUAAAUGCCUCUAAAAUGUGUUUUGUAUACAUAAACCCCCAAAGUUCUGCAUGACACGGUCGUCACUGAUGUUUCAUAGAAAACAUCCAGACUAAAGUAGCAGGCAAAUCUUCAGGGAAGGCUGCGCAGCUAAGAAGCAGAAAGGAUGGUUUGUCCAGGGUUCAACUGCUUUCUUAAAACUAGUUUUAGUUGGAAUAAGCUUAAAAUUUUCUUAGAAGAAUUGCACGAGGAAUUGACAUAGUUUUAAUAUAUUUUCCUAAAGUCCUUUUCACAAGUGCUGUUGCCAGAUAAGAAACAGAAAUUUCCCCAAAUCUUUCUUUAUCCAGCGUAGCUUUAUAUUAGAUCAUCUGACUUUUUUUUUUUUUAUUAUUCUCAGCAAGCCAUAAUAUUACCAAUAAUUUUGACAUCCAAAAAGUGAUUUGAAGUUCUGCUCAACUGCUUUAAAUCUUUUCAUUCAGGGUAAUUUACCUUUUAAGCACCGGUGACAGUCCCCGGUGACACGCCAGCUAGCAAAGCAGUCUGUUCAGACCUGUACUCGGUUGUUGACUGAGAUGUCACUGAAGACAGGCAUGGCAAAAUAUUCACAAUACGACUGCGCUAGGAUCCCAACUCUCAUUAGUCUACCGGCAUUUUCCCUGUGGUAUACUCUUGCUCUUUAUGCAUCUGCAUAAUUUCUUCUUCACCUCAUUUUCUCAAGAAAUCCGUUAAAAGGAGUAUCAUGAAUCUGCACAGGUAGAGAAAUCUGCCCGACUGCACCUAUAUUUUGAGGUUCAGCUUCUUCAUUUCCCUUUAAGCCAAAAAGAGCCUUUGUCUAAGUGGACAGAAUGAAAAUUUGAUAUGCACUUUUUCUCUCUCUUUAGCAGCUGAAUGUUCAAGACGAACCAUUCAUUCUCAGCAUAUGAUGAAGGGAAAUAGCAUUUGGUAAGAAAAACGUUUCUGUUUCAAGCUUCCAAAUGACAUUGCUAUUCUAUGAGAGAGGGUUGAAGGGAGAAGUCUCUAAAGGAAACGGAGAGAUCCCUUUUCUAAUGGGUCAGCACUGGAAAUCACAACACUAGCAAUAGGAACAAUUGCUGAUUGACUCUGUCGGUUACGUUCUGGUCAUGUUUUAUGGAUACAGCUCUAAUUUCUUUCUGUUGCUAUAAAUAGAAAUGUUUUGCUAAGAAGUGGAGUCACGUCCUAUAAUUUUUGUAAUGCAGGUGUUUCCACUGUAAGAUUUUUGUGGGGUAUAAUACAAGAUUGAAUUUAACUCAGUGCCUGCUGAUUUGAUUAUGACUGGAUCUGGCCCAUAACUUGAUGCUUCUUUUUUUGCAACCGUGCUGCUUACUAGUUGCAAAUACCUCGGCUUGAAAUCAAACAAUGAAAGCCCACCAAGGAAGAGAGAAAGCAGUCCGUUUGGGGAGUGUAACGUUUAUUAGAUAUCUCACUCAUGCUUAAAGAAAAGCAUGUGGGAGCAGAGCAUGCUUUGCUGUUACAGAAAUAAGUGUAAUCUGCUAACUUCCUGAGCCAAUCCAGCAGUAGUAGAAAAGUACAUGGUGCUUUGUACCGAUACAGUAAACCUAACAGCACUCCUCUCCCACCUUGAAAAAAAAAACCAGCACCAAAACGCCAAGCUUUUAGAAGUAAGAAUACAGGUUUGCAGUAUAAGUGUGUCCUUAAGAAGGGCUUUUUCUUUCUCAAUGGUGUUACAGUUCACAUGUUGUCACAUCCUUGGAAAACCUUGCUAUGCCAGAAGUCAUCUGUCGCGUAGGCAAAGCUUGAAAUCAGGCCUUUCCUUCCCAAUGUCAGCCUAAAUAGAAAACCGGGAGCUAUUAAGAAAAUUAAAAUGGUACUUUAGACAGUGUAUUCAUGUUGCAGUUAAUAGUUUAAUACUUGCAGUUAUUCAUAUUUUUCAAAGUUCACUAAAUAGCUUUUUCUUUCUGAUGAUAGACUAACAGAAUAACAGAUCUGUGUUUUCUAGUACUUAUGCAUGAAAGCAGCUGAAUAAAUUAGCAAUGUUUGAGUACAUCCAGUGAUGAAAAUGUUAGAAAUCUCAUGUUCUAGAAUGUUUCACUAUUCUAGAAAUUUUAGAUGAGCAAGAAACUGCUGUAAACUUUUUCAGAUUGAAGUUUCAUUUCUUUAAAAAUUAUUCUUGAAU